GCACGCUAACUCGUCCAUCAGGAGAAAUAUGCGUGCGAGACGCGGAAGUCUUCCAUGUGGAAGUCUUCCAUCCGUCGCCUGCUGGUACACGCCGCCGUUCGCAGCUCGUCAAUCGUGCGAAAUGCUAAGGUGAUGUGAAGAAGAAAUUGAAACUGCCAAAUCGACAUCACAACUUUCUACGGUGUGAUUACAAUAUUCAAGAUACCAAAACGGCUAACAAACAGGUAAACAUGGUGUCCAUGCAAGAUGCGGAGACUAGCACGAUGCGCAGGCUUUCAGAUGACGACGAUGAUGAUCCCAGUAGCGGGUCUGAAACCUACGAGGAAGGAGAUCUGCUUACAGCUGCAAUGGAUGACGAUGUUACAGCUCAACUAGCCGCAGCAGGUUGGCAAAUCAAAAACAUUAAUGGACCUGUAGGCGUCGCUGCUGCAGCUGCCAUUGUGUCAGCCAAGAAGCGAAAACGACCUCACAGUUUUGAAACUAAUCCCAGUAUCAGAAAGAGACAACAAAACAGGCUUUUAAGAAAGCUUAGACAAACUAUUGACGAAUUUGCUACCCGAGUUGGACAACAAGCAGUAGUAUUAGUGGCUACGCCAGGCAAACCAAAUAGUAGUUACAAAGUCUUUGGAGCAAAGCCCUUAGAGGACGUAGUUAAAAAUCUAAGGACCGUUAUCAUGGAGGAGCUGGAGAAUGCACUUGCGCAACAAGCGCCUCCGCCUGUGCAGGAUGAUCCGUCAUUAUUCGAAUUACCACCGCUUAUAAUCGAUGGUAUACCAACUCCGGUCGAAAAGAUGACACAGGCACAACUUAGAGCAUUCAUCCCGUUGAUGUUAAAGUAUUCUACAGGCAGAGGUAAACCUGGUUGGGGAAGAGAUAGUACGCGACCUCCUUGGUGGCCCAAGGAAUUACCUUGGGCUAAUGUUCGAAUGGAUGCGCGAACGGAAGACGAAAAACAAAAAUGCAAUCCAUUACAGAUCUCCUGGACUCAUGCGUUGCGGCAAAUCGUAAUAAAUUGUUACAAAUAUCACGGAAGAGAAGAUCUUCUACCAGCGUUUAGCGAAGAUGACGAAAAGUCUAAUGCUUUAAUACAACAAGCGACGCCUCAUUCCUCGUCGCAUCCAUCAUCGAGUCAGACACAAAAUGGAGGAGGACAGUCGCAGCAGCAACAGACGGUGGGAGUUGUUCGUCUCAACAGCGCGGAUUCAUCUAAGGGAAACUCUUCGCCAGCACAAAUCAUUGCCGCGUCUCCCACAGCUCUUGCCACUGCCACUCAGAUGACAGCCCAGUAUCCAACAACUGUAUUGCAGACAAUAACCAACCCAGAUGGAACAGUUUCUAUCAUACAGGUGGAUCCUAGCACACCGAUUAUUACAUUACCGGAUGGUACAACAGCUCAAGUUCAAGGAGUUGCUACUAUUCAUACAAGUCAAGGAGAUGUUCAGGCACUAGCGGAAGUAGCCGGUAGCACAGAAGGUGCUAGUGUGGCUGUCGAUUUGAACACUGUCACAGAAGCGACGUUAGGUCAAGAUGGCCAGAUCAUCCUUACUGGGGAAGACGGACACGGAUAUCCUGUAUCAGUCUCAGGAGUGAUCACAGUGCCAGUGUCUGCCAGUAUGUAUCAAACUAUGGUGGCCAAUAUACAGAGCGAUGGUACGAUGCAGGUAGUAACGCCGAUGGUUCAAGUACCCAAGGUCGAAUCAGGAAAUGGAGAUACCACCAUCGAAGCUGUUACUAUACAAGGUCAUCCCAUGACGAUGAUAAAUGCCGCCGGAGAACAUCAGGUUCUUCAAGUAAUAUCAUUAAAGGACGCCAACGUUCUGACAAAGACCAUGCAGGCCGAAGUUAAGGACGAAGACAGUCAACAACAACAAACUGUGUCUAGCCCAGAAUAAACACGUUAAGUGUAAUCUAGUUAAUCUAAAAGAAUCACUCCGUAUUAUCUGUACAUGCUAUCAGUGUAUCACGGUGAUAUACGGAAGGGAUAAAUGUAUGAAAGAAUUAGUAACGA